UGCGGAGACCAGGGAGCAGCGUAGGUCUUCACCUCCGGGUUUUCACUUUAGAAAGUUACUCUCUCUUAAGAAGUGCUUGCAGAACUGAUGAUAACUCAGAGCAAGUUCACAGCGAAGUUUUAUCGGGCUGAAGUUGCCGUUUUAAACUUGGGAAGAUGAUUUCUUGCAAGACCUGGUCCGCUGCACUCCUGCUGCCUCUGCUGAUAUCAGCCCAGUAUCACGGGGACAACGGAAUCGUCGUCCCGGAGCAUGGAUUUUGUCAGCCCAUUUCCAUACCUCUAUGCACGGACAUAGCCUACAACCAGACCAUCAUGCCGAACCUAGUGGGCCAUUACAACCAGGAGGACGCAGGGCUCGAGGUGCACCAGUUCUACCCGCUCGUGAAGGUACAGUGCUCUCCGGAGCUGAAAUUCUUCCUGUGCUCCAUGUACGCGCCUGUGUGCACGGUCCUGGAGAAGGCCAUCCCUCCCUGCAGGUCCAUCUGCGAGAGGGCCAAGCAGGGCUGCGAGGCCCUCAUGAAUAAAUUCGGCUUCCAGUGGCCGGACCGCCUGCGCUGCGAGAACUUCCCGGUGCUGGGAGACGGACAGAUCUGUGUGGGACAAAACGACUCCUCCGCCGCCACCGUCCCACCCAUCAUCCUGGUCCCGGGCACCGACGUCCCCACACACGACAGGGUUUUCCGUUGCCCGCCCGUCCUCAAAGUGCCCCCAUACUUGAACUACAAGUUUUUAGAGGUGAAAGACUGCGCAGCUCCCUGUGAUCCGUCGAGGAGCGGCGGGUACAUGUUUUUCAGUGACAAAGAGAUCCGUUUCUCUCGCAUAUGGAUCCUGGUCUGGUCUGUGCUUUGCUGCGCCUCCACGUUAUUCACGGUGACCACCUAUUUGGUGGACAUGCAGCGCUUCAGAUACCCCGAGCGACCCAUCAUCUUCCUGUCCGGCUGCUACACCAUGGUCUCCGUGGCCUACAUAGCCGGCUACUUCCUGGGAGACAAAGUGGUGUGCAAUGACAGCUUCAGCCCGGAGCGCUACAAAACCAUCGUCCAAGGCACCAAGAAGGAAGGCUGCACCAUCCUCUUCAUGAUGCUCUACUUCUUCAGCAUGGCCAGCUCCAUCUGGUGGGUCAUCCUGUCUCUCACCUGGUUCCUGGCGGCGGGUAUGAAGUGGGGCCACGAGGCCAUUGAGGCGCACUCUCAGUACUUUCACCUGGCAGCCUGGGCGGUGCCAGCCGUCAAGACCAUCAGCAUCCUGGCCAUCGGGCAGAUCGAGGGCGACGUGCUCAGCGGCGUCUGCUUCGUCAGCCUGAGCAGCCUGGUCCCUCUACGGGGCUUCGUGCUGGCCCCCCUCUUCAUCUAUCUCUUCAUCGGUACCUCCUUCCUGCUGGCCGGCUUUGUGUCGCUGUUCCGAAUCCGCACCAUCAUGAAGCACGAUGGCACCAAGACCGAGAAGCUGGAGCGGCUGAUGGUGCGGAUCGGGGUGUUCAGCGUGCUCUACACCGUCCCCGCCACCAUCGUCAUCGCCUGCGUCUUCUACGAGCAGGCCUUCCGCCCCCACUGGGAGCGCAGCUGGGUCAGCCACAACUGCAGGAGCCUGGCCAUCCCCUGCCCUCUGCAGACCGGGCCCCGCAUGACUCCCGACUUCACCGUCUACAUGAUCAAGUACCUCAUGACACUGAUAGUGGGCAUCACCUCCGGGUUCUGGAUCUGGUCUGGAAAGACUCUCCACUCUUGGCAUAAGUUUUACACGAGGCUGACGAAUGGCAAACAAGGCGAGACCACAGUGUAGAAGAUGGGGAAUAUGACCAAAUGUUGACUGGGGGGGGGGGGGGGGGUGAUGUGUGUAUGAAUGUGUACCUGUUUGUCAUGUGAUAGGUAAGCAGCACCAUAGAGGCAUUUGUAUUCGCUUCAUAGCCACACAUACUUGCCAAACGGAGGGUCAGGGUUUGACAAAAGGGCAAGCUGGAUAAACAAGGACUGAGCCGGACUGUCUGAACAAAUAACAAGCAUGGCUAUGGAUGCCAUGUGCUGAAAUGCUCUCCCCCCACCCCCUCUUAAAGCCAACAUAAGCUCACGUUGAGUGACGAUCCAGCAGCCAAGGAGCACAGAGAAUGAGCGGCGGUUUGUUCUCUCUGUAAACCUUUCAAAUGUAAUUAAAUGAAAUUGUAAAUAGUAUUUGUAAAAACAUGAAAUUAUAUAUUUGUAUUUAUAGAAAGUAAACCCCUUUCCUUGUCUGCCAGUGUACCUAACUUUACUUGUGCACUGUAAGAAUGACACAUACUGUAGAUUUAGCUGAUUAAUCGCUGUUUUUGAAUUACGUUGUUUUUGUAUGGAUUAAAAGACCAUUUCAGUCUGUUGGACUACCUCCAAGAAGUUUUUUUGUUUUAUCUCAUGGGCUGUAAGUCCUCUUUUUAACCCAAAGAAAACAUGUGCUGAGACUCAGCAGAAUGUGCAGAUAUAAUCAAAUAUAAAUCAAAUGCUGGAUUUUAAUUCCCUUGUUCAAAGAGGAACACAUGUGUUUUUCUUUACUUCUUCCCUUCCUUAUGUUGAGUUUCCUUUAAUGAUUAAAUCAUUUUGUGUU